AUCCAGGAUCAGUUUACACAACCCAAAUCAUAGCCCAUACAACGCAAAACUGACUUCAUAAUGCGAUAAUUGGGCGCCAAUCUGUGGCGGGAAUAUUUAUUGAUCAUGCGCAUGGAGGCCUGUUCGAAUGUCAAACAACCGUUAGUGAUACAACUUGUCAAAAUCACUUAGUCAUGUUGGAGGCAUGAGAGUUAUCCAAAUGAAAGUGUUGUUUCCUUAAGACCAAAAAUAAAUCAGCUGAACAGUUAAAAAAAAGAAACCAGCAUGAGGUACCUGUACAUUAGUUGCUCUUUGUGUAUGGUGUAUGUGUGCACAAUUUACGCAGAAGUCAUCUACACCAACAGUUGGGCUCUAUAUUUAGGUGGCACUCCUGAACAAAUCAACAAGAUUGCAAAGAAACAUGGUUUCCAUAUAUUGGGAAAGAUAUUUUCAGAUGGCAACUAUUACCAUAUGGAGCAACGAGGGGUGGCAAAACAAUCAUUGCAGGCACACUAUUUGCAUAAUCUUAGACUGAAAAUGGACCCUAAGGUGCUUUGGUUUGCACAGCAAUCUGGAAGGAGUAGAAAUAGAAGACACUCUUUCACAGUACCCACUGAUCCAUUUUUCAAUCAGCAGUGGUACCUGGUACAUAGUGAGGCCUUUAAUCAGAAUGUGGUGGCCGCCUGGGCUCGAGGCUACACAGGCAAAGGGGUAGUGGUGUCCAUCUUAGACGAUGGCCUAGAGACAAGCCACCCAGACCUUGCUGAAAAUUAUGAUCCACUGGCUAGCUAUGACAUGAAUGAUAAUGACCCCAACCCAGAGACUCAAUACUCUCUGACCAGACCAAAGAGGCAUGGAACACGGUGUGCUGGGGUGGUGGCAGCGGUGGCAAAUAAUGGGGUGUGUGGGGUUGGAGUGGCAUAUCAGGCCAAGAUCGGCGGAGUUCGGAUGUUGGAUGGACAAGUGACUGACCUGAUAGAAGCCAUGUCCUUAAACUUGAAUCAGAAGCACAUUGACAUCUACAGUGCAAGCUGGGGACCUGAAGAUUUGGGGAGGAAUUUGGAGGGGCCAAACACAUUAGCUAAAGAAGCCUUUAUCAGAGGCAUAAGCAAUGGCCGAGGUGGCUUGGGUUCCAUUUACGUCUGGGCUUCAGGCAAUGGGGGCGCCAGCUUUGACAACUGCAACUGCGAUGGCUACACCAACAGCAUUUACACGUUGUCUGUUGGAAGUACCACAGAGAAGGGAACUCUGCCCUUCUACAGUGAACCCUGCUCGGCCAUUCUAACAACUACCUACGGUGGUGGAAGCUUUCAACACCACAGAAUUGUCACCACUGACCUGCAUCAGUCCUGCACCUCUGACCAUACUGGGACCUCUGCCUCUGCCCCUCUGGCUGCUGGGAUUAUUGCACUGGCUCUGGAGGCAAACCCAAGACUCACCUGGCGUGAUGUGCAACACCUCGUGGUGCGAGCAUCAAGACUGGCAGAUCUUCGAACGCAUGAUUGGCGGACUAAUGGUGUUGGUAGACCUGUCAGCCAUUACUAUGGAUAUGGGCUCCUGGAUGCAGGCAGACUGGUGGACUUGGCCGGUAAAUGGAAAACAGUCAAACCUCAAAAGAAGUGCACCAUUGACCUCAUUACCAGAUCCUUUGAACUCCGCAUGAAACUAACAUUGAGGUGGAAUGUGACAGCUUGUCAUGGCACCAGGAAUUGGAUUCGGUCUCUGGAGCACAUUCAGGCACGUCUCACACUGACCUAUAGCAGACGUGGAGAUCUCUCCAUCACCCUCAUUAGCCCGAAGAAGACAAUCUCCAAUUUACUCACAACCAGGCGCUACGAUAAUACGUCUGCAGGGUUCUCAGACUGGGCCUUCAUGAGUACACACUGCUGGGAUGAAGAUCCCUCUGGAUAUUGGGUUCUACGGAUAGAAAACAACGGAGAUUCAAACAACAGAGGAUUCCUGUUGAAAUUUCAACUGGAGUUGCAUGGGACAGCUGAACGCAUGAUAGGCCGUCGCAUGGAGAGGGCAGUGGUACAGCAGUGUGCAGUGAGGAACUCUGAUGGCGGCUGUGAAGGCAGGCUACUACAUUAUUCAUUCCCUGAAUUUAGUUUACAAUGAAACAGUUGCACACACACUGUCAUUUCACAUUCUGGAAGACAUCUAGGAAAUGUUACUAACCAAGCAAGUAUCCUCUGUUUAUAGAGUGCAUAUACCCACUGUACGUUUUUGAGAACAGCUGCCUGAUGUCCUGUCCACCUCACUACUAUGUAUCAAAUGGAAACAGCACCCGCUCCUAUCAGAGGUGCGUACCCUGCCAUCGCAACUGCCUCACUUGUUUCGGCAAACAGGACACAAACUGUCUCGACUGCCCUCCAUAUUCCACCUUGGAUUCUCGUCGCAGUACCUGUAGUCCCCCCGUCUACCCCUGGGACCACAAAGGUAAAGUAACAAAUGGCAUGGAUCGGACAGCAGCGGUUCUGGGUAUUCUGAUCGGAGGGCCGCUGGUGAUUUUGUUUGUCAUGUGGGCGAUUGCAUGGAUGGUGAGCAGGUCGUUUCUACCACGUGGUGCGGCCAGGAACCAGGUGGACAUCAGCACCAGUCAUAGCAAUGAUGAGUCCGGGGAUGUGGAGAUGGUGGUAUUCAGUAUUACAGAAAGCCAGGCAGAGAACAGCGAGAGUACAUCUACAUUCACCAACAUUCCCAAUACUUCAAGAGAAACAUGACUCACUUCAGUCAGCAUAGAAUUCAUUAUUGGCUCAUUUCAUGUUGACUAACAGAAACAGAUUAAACAUUUUACAAAUAGCUUUUAUUGUUACUCCAGUAUCAUUCACAAACUUUUGAAUGGAUAAAAUAAAUAUAUGUUUAAGACCCAAGUUGCAUUCAGUGAAUUUUAUGAGAGCACAUCAAUUGGUAGAAUAUCCAUCCAUUUGCAAUUAUACAUUUUAAUUCAAAGUACGUCACAGAACAUUUUAAAUCUAGGCAGCGGAAUAGCUUAAAAUUACACAUUAAGACUGCUUAAAAACUUCCUCCACAACUAGAGGGAGGAACGGCUCUUGCAUUUCAGAUAAUAUGUAUGAAUCCACAUAAAAAAGUCCUGUAUAUGAGGAGCGAAAAUACAACUUAAGCCUUUACAGACUUAGAGGUUAGAGGCAUUCUGUGUAGCUUCACUGUACACAGAUUACAAUAAUGGGCUAUUUCUGGGAUAAUCUUUCUCUUGAAGUUGAAAGGGAAAGUACUCUCCUCACUGAGUUUCCAAGAUGUCUGUGGGUAUGACCCUAUCUGAAUUUGCCACUGGGGCUCUGUGACAUCUCCAGAGGCCAGGAUGAAGGGGUGGUCUGAUUACAGAGUGGUUACAGAUCUGGUUACAGAUUAAGGAGCGGGAAAAUGGUAAGCCCUGAUCCAAAGCCUCUCCAGGGGCUACAAAUAUGGAGGCACAGCCAGUAGACAAGCCUACAGGAAUACAAUGAGGAGGAGAAACUCAAAACAUGAUCAGCUUUGCAAUGUAAAACAAUGAGCAAUGGCUUUAAAAUAACUCAUCCUUCCUUCAACGAAAACUCCAGUCAAAAUGGGCACCACCCUAAGCUGCUUUUGAGGCAGGAAUGUAGCCCGAUCCAAUAGAUUGAGAAUGUAGAGAAACAACUGCUCCAUAGACGCAUAGACAAACAGCUGCUGAAUGGCCGGUCAUCCGGGGAGAGCCUUAGCUGCAUUCAAAGACCCAGUGCAGAACUGGCACAUCGCACCAAUCCGCAUAGCUAGAGGGAGAGUAAUGCAGUGUAAAAAGGCCUUAGGUCUCUUAGUAUUCGAAUUUGAAAACCUAACACAAAACACCUAAUGGUCUGUUUGAUUCUGUCUGGCAUUAUGUGUCUUCAGCAUCCUUUCCCAUCAGUCUUUCAUAAUAUCUUCCAUUCCUGCUUGACCGCCAAUAGGUGAAGGGAUUAGUUUUCACCAUGUUGUUUUCAUAAGUCAGGUCCUUUCAGUAGAAAUAAAGGAAAUUAGGAAAGUAAUGGAAACUAUUAGGACACAGCCCAGGUGACUGGAGAACUAGUUACCGUCAUCUUUUCUAUUUUAGUUUAAGCUAUUUAUAAGGAGAGGGAGGAAAUUGCCAGUGAUCCAGUAUGGUUAAAAGUGUUGACAAUUAAAGACUAAGCCUUUGACAGACAGAUUGAGGCAUUUGGAGAGACUUCUAAAAUGGCAUAUUUUUAAAAUGGAUUGCUCCAACUAAACAAGUAGGAUUGUAAAGCUCAGUGUACAGGCACAGUUGUUUCAGUCUAACAUGAAACAAUGAUUCAGACAUACCCAACAAGAUGGGUACUGCAGCUACAGAACAGCAGCAAAGUGUGAAAGUGAGGCAGCUGACCAUGUCAGGGCAGUCUGGGGCACCUAUGGGAAUGUAGAAAUAGAGUGCAUAGAGACUCCCCGCAGCAAACAGAAGGGAGGCCAGGACUGAGCACACAACAGGAACGUGGCCUCUGGCAGCAUCUACAGCAGCAGCAGAACGGUACCAUGCCUGCCACCUCUGGGACAGCCUCACAUAGUCAACUCUAGGCCCUCCGGUGGCAAGCCGAGCAACGGUUGGCCUUCAUCAAUGGUGGACACCAGAUUGUUGGAUUCUGGACUCAAUCUCUUUGUGUCUGUGUCAUUGGCAAUGUCUCUCAGAGAGGCUGACUUUGGAGUGCUGAUGCAGUUUUCCACCGGGUCUUCCAAAUUGUGCACUGUAACAAUCAGAGUGGAAUAGUUCCAUCCUGAACUUCCUCUUCCCCCUCAUGUGGUCUUCGCUCUGCCGUGAAGCCCUUGCUGGGUUGCUGGUGGCAGGAAUCAAGCUCUAUACAAAACUUCCACCAUAUGUCAAUGUUGUGAAUAAUUAAUAAUGAAUGACACCCAAUCUGUUUAAUUAGUUGCACUCAAAUUAAAAACUAGUUUGUUUAUCACUUAUGGACAAGUUGAUUGGCUGGCAGGGCUCCCAGAGAGAGGUGAGAACCUGUAACAGAGUGAGGAGUAGAGCUCCUCCACUGAAGAUUCAGGACUGUCCGACACUGGUGCCAAGGAGAUCUGUGUUUCCAAGUUGAGGAACGGGGAGAAUGACAGCCUGGCAAGAUCAAUGUCCUGCAGUUGAUUGAUGAUGUCACCGAUUGAUUCCUUGCCAUGUUCUGGCUUGGUGGCUUGACGCCUUGUCAGAGUCGUACAGCCUAGAGAGCAAACAGCAGAUAGGCAACUUCACAUUUAGUAUGUAAUCCCUACAAUACAACCUGACAAGUAAUAUCAGUCAUGUUGAUAUUGCUUGCUUUUCCUCAUGGUUU